GUAGUGGUGUAAAGUACAAGUACAGUACUACAGUGAAGUUACUACCUACUUAUUCCGAUUGACGCCUUUUUAUCUUUACUUUUGCGAGCAAAAUUAGUGUUUUACAACUUUAAACCUUUUAAAUAGGCCAGCAUUUUAAAAAAUAAAAUCAACUUGAAUUUCCAUUUAAUCUAAUAAGUUAAAAACCAACAAUGUCUAGCAAAAUUGAUGAGUUGAAAGCUGAUGUCUCUGAAUUGAAUCAGCUGUUGGCUAGUGCUACAAGGCAGCGUGUCAAAGAUGCUGUGUCUCUUGAAAUAAGGAAAUUGCAAACUGAAAUAUCCCGGUUACAAGAACAAACAGGCAGUGCCGAUGGAUACAAAACAUCUCAAACCACCAUACCGAGUACAAAUCGGUGCUAUGAAGUUAAACUCAACAAUUAUGCCUGGGAUCAAUCAGACAAGUUUGUCAAAAUCUUUGUCACACUGAAAAACGUACAUACACUUCCAGCUGACAGUGUCUUCACAACUUUUACUGCCAAUUCAAUGGAGCUUCAUAUGAACGGUCUGGAGAACCGAAACUAUACUCUUCUGAUUAAAAAUCUCCUGGAAACAAUAGACACUAGCAAAAGCAGCUGGAAAGUAAAAACAGAUAUGGUGGUUGUGUCGCUGGCCAAGGUUAACACGGGCAAUACCUGGUCUCAUUUGACAUCUUCUGAGAAGAAGGCCAAAGAGCCGAAACCCACUCCUAAACCUUCAAAUGAAGGUGACCCGUCGUCUGGACUGAUCGAUUUGAUGAAGCAGAUGUACGAGGACGGUGACGAUGAUAUGAAGCGCACCAUCGCAAAAGCUUGGACUGAGAGUAGGAGCACAGGGGGCAUGCCAAGCUUCUAAACUUAGGUCAUGAUGUGAGCAAUAAUUUGGCCUCCUCAGCCAUUUAACACCAAAUAUCCAUCUCGGUACAGAAGUUUUCGGUGAUUUGCAUUUAAUUACAGUUUUGUUAUUUUUAUUAUAUUCUCUGUUGGCCUAAAUUGUAAUAGCUUUGAUAUUUUAAUGUAAGCAAUAUUCCAAAAAGUAUAGAUAGUGUUGGGUUACCUAAAUUCUAAUUUUUUUGAAGGAGGUAAUCUGUUUUUUUUUCUGUAAUUUCAAAUUUUUUGUAUAGUGUUAGAACUGCUGAAAUUAUAAUUGUAUUACUACUAAGUUAGUACACCACAGUCCCAAUCUGAACCCUGCUAAUCCAAAAAUAACAAUACCAUUCCUAGGUACUAUUUCAAUACCAUUGUCAUCAAACAAAAUGUUACAGCAAGUUUGGUCAGGUUAGCUUAGAUUGUUAUAGGCCUAACAGUUCCUUUUUACUUUAAUAUAUAUUAAAGUAAACGAUAUAUUGUGAAAACCAAAGCCAAACUAACCAAAUGGCGUGGACUACUGGAACUGGAUAUCCAAAUCCAUCAUGGCCGCUACCUGUGACAUUUAGCUGUCUAGAGUUUUCUUGUUUCUUAAACUAUCGUUAUAUUAAUAAAACAACUUACCAAUUAGUGUGAGUCAAAUACUCACUUUAACUAACUUAUCAAUCAAAAAUUGAUAAUUAUGUAAUGUUUUUAGUCACAAAAUUGUUUAACAAAUUUUAACAAAUAGGUAGUUAGUAGAGCUACAAAAGUUUAAAUUACUGUAGUUUAGUUAAUUUUUGUGAGCUCAGAGAAAUAUUUUCACCGUUACUUUCAGGUAAAAAUACAUUGUUUUAUUUACCAAUCUGUACAAUUUAGUAAUCUGAAUAGGUCCAGUUUCAAUUAUUUGUGUUAAGUGGGACUCUGGUGUAAAUAUAAUUUGCGUGAGUUAUAGUAAGCUAUCAGUUAUUUUGUACUUUGUUAAAAAACAGUUUGUAACAAAUGUGGUGUAAAAUAAACUACUACUUAAACUGA